UUGGUGACGCAGUGCGCAUUGCCUUGGUCCCCAGCGUUACCUCAUAGAGGAACAGUUAAUGGAGUCAAGCGGUCAGACUAAACAAACAAAGUAUCGGUCAUCUAUUGGUGUUAAAUCCGGUUCCACAUACUAUGGUCGUUUGUAAAUCGCCUCAUGUUUCGGGAGUAGUGGUUUUCCACUUAAUUCUGGUUGGCUGUGCAUUUCGCAUCACGGUUCGCACGUUAACAUUAGCUAGCUAGGGAACGUUAGCUAAAGCUAGCUGUCAGGUUUAUCGGAUUCAUUGAGGCCUAGAAAGCAAACGUCAGUUCUGAACCCAGCCCAUUUCAGUCGUUGUGCCCUGAAAGGAUUCAGCAUUCAAACAGAUAUGGCAGAGGAGAGUGCCGUCGUAAUGCAACAAAUUUCGGACAGGAGUUGCUGGGUGUGCUUUGCCACCGACGAGGAUGACCGGACGGCGGAGUGGGUGCGGCCGUGUCGUUGCCGUGGCUCCACCAAGUGGGUGCACCAGGCGUGCCUGCAGCGCUGGGUGGACGAGAAGCAGCGCGGCAACUCCACGGCCAGAGUCGCCUGCCCACAAUGCAACGCCGAGUACCUCAUCGUCUUCCCAAAACUCGGCCCCGUGGUGUACGUGCUGGACCUGGCCGACCGCCUCAUCUCCAAAGCGUGCCCCUUCGCCGCCGCUGGCAUCAUGGUGGGCUCCAUCUACUGGACGGCCGUCACCUACGGAGCCGUCACAGUCAUGCAGGUGGUGGGCCACAAGGAGGGCCUUGACGUGAUGGAGAGGGCCGACCCUCUCUUCCUGCUCAUCGGCCUGCCCACCAUCCCAGUCAUGCUGAUUCUGGGCAAAAUGAUUCGCUGGGAGGACUACGUGCUCCGCCUCUGGAGGAAGUACUCCAGCAAGCUCAACAUCCUGGACAAGAUCUUCCCCGGCAUUGGCCGCCCGGUGCCCAGGAUCCCUGCGGAGGCCAGCCCAUUGGCCGAUCACGUGUCCGCCACACGGAUCCUCUGUGGUGCCCUCGUCUUCCCCACCAUCGCUACUAUCGUGGGCAAGCUGAUGUUCAGCAGCGUCAACUCCAACCUACAGAGGACCAUACUGGGGGGCAUCGCAUUUGUGGCCAUCAAGGGAGCCUUCAAGGUGUACUUCAAGCAGCAGCAGUACCUGCGGCAGGCGCACCGCAGGAUCCUCAACUUCCCCGAGCAGGAGGAGGCCUGAGCGGGGACCUAAGAGAGGAGGGGAGCCUCCUGGCAUGGAGGUCACAGGACAGGACGAUACAGGACUAAGAGAUGGAUGGAUGGAUGGAUGGAUGGAUGGAUGGAGUGCCCACUUGCCUGCCUGUCUGUCUGUCUGUCUGUCUGUCUGUCUGUCUGCUGGCCGGCCCUUGUGGGACCCCCUGAAAGACAGACAGACGCUCUGCUCAAGUGGCCAUUGUUUUCACUCUGCUUCCCCCUCCCCAGAGGUCGUGCCCACUCACUACAGACUGUGGAACUGUGGAGGGCAUCGGCCUCAUGCACUCAUGAGCUCAAGGAACGCCCAAGAGGCAGAAAUAACAUGUGGUCAACCUGACACUAAACACACACACACACACACACACACACACACACACACGUGUGACCCCUCAGAAUGUGACCUUCUGUUGUGUGUCUCCCCCCUGAGGCCCAUCAGAGCUGAGUUUGUUUUCUUCUUCCUUUUCAGUUUUUAAUGGCCUGUGUUUUAAAGUGAGUAAUGAUGGUAUACCACAUAUUAGUAUAUGGGACAGGUUUUUUUUUGUUGUUGUUUUUCUUUUUUACAAAUAAUUAUACAAAUAAACUGGUUUUAUAAUUUGUAAUUAUUUUGCAGUGAUCCGAGAUGGAAGUAUUCCUUUGUGCUUUGAGGAGGCUGCUUGGGAUGCCACUUUUCUGUCUGUUCAUGACAUGGAAAAGGGAAAUCUGUGUGUAUGUGUGUCCAUAUUUCCCUUUGCAUCUACCGUUGCUCUUUUUAAUCUAGAGAGCUGCAAAAAGAUAUGAAAUAAAGAGAAGCUUUCACCGAAGCAUCACCGGUGCACCCUGGGAGCUCUGUACAUCAUC